AUGUCUGCGGAUCGUUCCUCACGACGUAAGGAGAUGGAUUUCAUGAAGUUAAUGAAUGGCUCACGAAAGGUGCAUCCAUCAAAUUCAGUUUCAGAGUUUUGGGUUGAGUUCCAGGGUCCUGAGGGAACAGCCUACGAAGAUGGUACGUGGUUUAUUCACGUGCAACUUCCGGCGGACUACCCAUUCAAGUCCCCUAGCAUCGGAUUCAGCAACAGCAUUUAUCAUCCAAAUGUGGACGAGGCAAGUGGGUCUGUUUGCCUUGAUGUGAUUAACCAGACAUGGACCCCCAUGUAUGAGUUGCAGAACGUCUUUGAUCUUUUUCUCCCUCAACUCUUACGUUACCCCAACGCCUCAGAUCCAUUAAACUCUUCUGCGGCCUCCAAGUUGCUCCAUGACCCCAUUGCAUACGUUUCUAUUGUUCGUGAACACGUUUCAAGGUAUGCCACAAGAGAAGCGGCGCUUGGAAGCAUUCCGGCAGAGUACCGCCCGAGAAGCGAGGAGAGGACAAAGGGAAAUGAAAAGUCCCGACAUAUAUUGGAGGAUUGCUCCCCAGCUACCUCUAAAGGGCUAACAGAAGCCCCGAACUCCCCAUUUGGGAGCGAAGAGGAGUAUGUGCCAGAGUCCAUUGAUAUCUGA